AAAGAUAUGAAGAAAAAAAGCAAGAAAAAGAAUAUCUUGAUGAUCUAUUACAAGAACUCGAACAACAAGAACUACUAGGCGACGAAAAUGAACUUUUCAGAUAUAAGAUAGGUGAUGCGUUUAUUUCAGUUACUUUAGAAGACGCUAGACAACGCGUAAUAAAGGAUGAAGAACUAUUAACAGAAGAAUUAGAAAAACUCAAUAAUGAGAUGAAAACUUUGAAUACUGAAAUGGAUAAAUUAAAAGUGUUAUUGUAUGGAAAAUUUGGCAAGGCUAUUAACCUGGAAAAAGAUUGA